AUGCCUAAUGUUAGUGAUACGUCAAGCGUCAUUGAAAGCGGCGUUUCCAGCAGAAUAUCGGCGGAAAGAACCCAAUUUUUAGGAACUUUUGCUGGUAUUGGGAAUAACUGCAAUAACAUGAUUGGUGUUGGAAUAUUCUCAAGUCCGGGUUUAGUUUUAAGAGAAAUUGGGUCUCCUGGGUUAGCAUUAAUUUUAUGGGUCGUGGGUGGAGUUGCCUCCUUGUUUGGAUCACUCUCUUAUGUCGAGUUAGGAAGUUCUAUACCAGAUGGAGGUGGAGAAACUGUGUAUUUGGAACAAGCAUAUCCUCAUCCAAAAGCACUAUUAAGUUAUAUGUUUAGUUUUGCAAUGAUUGUGGCAAUACGACCAGCUUAUAUCUCAGCUGAUGCGAAUGUUUUCGCGCAAUAUUUCUUAUAUUUAAUCAAAGCGAAAGUACAGUGUGACAGUGAUUACUUGCACCCAAAGGAAUACAUUGUUGAUUGGAAAUUUUGGCAAUUACGACUUUGUUCAUUAGCUGCAGUAGUUAUAGUCACAGGUUAUCACAUUCGGUCUAACAAAUGGGCUAAUCGUAUAAAUCAAACUCUUACAAUUAUAAAAAUGUUGACACUGUUAGUGAUAUCGAUUAUUGGACUAGCAACAAUUUCUCGGUUUAUUAACGAAAACGACACGAAUUGGAAAAAUAUGUUUCCUAAUGAUAUGAAUAUUGGUGCACGCUCUUUGACUGCUGCACUCAUUCCUAUUUUAUUUGCAUAUAAUGGAUGGAAUAAUUUAAAUUACCUUUGUGCUAAUAUCGCAUACACGAAUAUACCGUUAUUAAAUAUAACCGGCAAUGAUGAACCUUCAGAAAUUAUUGCUGGCCAAUUCGCUUUAGAAGUCGGCGGCUUUAAGUUAGCUCGUGCGUUAUCCUUUUUCGUCUGUCUAUCAGCUUUUGGCGUCUUGGCUGCGAACAUAUUUGUUGGAUCGCGA